CAAAAUCAGAGUGACCCCAUUGCAGUUAAUUCACUUCCUACUGAGGCACAAACGGAUGUUCGCACCAAUGUGUGUCUGGCAGUUACAGUGACAAACCAAUAAAAUGUACCCCUGCUCAAAACCAUGUUUGUCACGGUGAAGAAUUCAGUUGUGAAGAGCUCUCAGAAUGCACCUGUACACGGCCCUCUGUGUAACACUUCACCUGUCCGCAGUGACCCAGUCCUCAACAGUCGUCCAGGACACCGGGGUUACAUCGUCCAGGGUCGGUGACAAUGUGACGUUACGCUGCUUCUGUCGCAGUGAAGUGGUGACGCACUUCUUCUGGUAUCACCAAAGGCUUGGAAGAGCACCCAAGCUGCUGUCUAACAUUUACAAGUAUGAUUUAUCGCAGCAAAAGAUCCACCAGCUGCAGGCAAAUCCUCGCUAUUUCGUGCACGUGAAACAAGGAAUGAACAAUUUACACAUCUCCAAUGUCCAGUGUGGGGAUUCGGCCAUGUACUUUUGUGGAACCUCGCACUCAAACACGGCAGAAUUUGGGGACGGGGUCUUUCUACAAGUUCAAGAGACCGAGCCCGUGGAUGUUGUCCAGGAGCCAGUGUCAAAGUUUGUUCUGCCAGGAGACUCUGUGACCUUCAACUGCACUGUCCUGGGUGGAACCUGUGAUGGACAGCACAGCGUCUACUGGCUGAGGCACAGCACCCUGACCACCUACAACCACAAGGAUCAGUGUAGAAACGUGUCUACGCCAGCGUCACCAGCACAGAACAAUAUCUACUAUUUUCAGAUGAUGAACCUGAGCUCAUCUGAUGCUGGGACCUACUACUGUGCCGUCUCCUCCUGUGGGGAGAUACGGUUUGGCUCGGGGACCAAGCUGCAUGUUGGAGAGGAUCCUGCAACUAUAACUGCACAGAUAAAAAUCUUACUCCAUCUGUCUGUCAUUAGGGUUGUAGUUAUGCUGUGUGUUGUAAUUGUUUGUCUUUUGGUUUACAUCUGGAAGAGAUCACAUGCUCGUCGUGAUCAUUGAGAUGAAGUUCAAAAUCCUUAAACCAUGCAACCAUUUUUAAAAUUGUGUACAAUUUUGCGUAAAAGCAAUACGGAUGCGGGACUCACCCCAAAGAUUUGACAAAGGCUGGCACCUGUGUACCACCUUUUAUUGAUUUUAAAGGCUUUAUUCAUGAUGCUCCCAGGAGUGUAUGUUCUUGUGUUUGUAUGAGUUAGGCAAUAGUAGCCAUAGACAUGAAGACUAUAAGACCAACAGCAAUCUUACCUUGACCUUCACCCAGAUGAUAGACCUCUAGCUGACCCUGACAGGGGAACUCUGGAUCCACCAAAGUGUGCGCCACAUUUGGUUCAAAUUGGAAAUUCCUUGGCAAAAUGUAUUUAUUUAUUUUUUAAACGGCAGUUAUGGGACCAACCCUCAUUGACCUACCAGGUUUAGUAGAAAUCAGCGAAAAGGACUUGGGAGAAGUAGGGAAACACAAUUUUACCUGUGACCCCAAUUACUUUAACCUUUGCCAAAACAAACCCUUUAAGGGCAAUUUGGGGUCAAUCUACAUGCGCAUACAGCAAGUUUGGAAACUGGCCACUGCCAAAAAUCAAAUGCUUGAGGAAUAUUGAGCUCAGCAGAAGCAGUAAAGGUGACAGUGAAGGUGUUGGCUUAUUUUUCGAGCAUUGGAAAUAUUAGCCACAAAUACAGAUUUGUAAAUGUCUGUUUUGGUGCAGUAUUUUCUGAAAGUGAAGGGGUGGCCGAGUGGUUAGUGCACUUGGUUUCAGUGCAGAAGAUUCCCAGUUCAAGUCCCACCCCUGCCACAUUUCUCCAUGUGACGUGGACUUGCAUCAAGAAGGGUAUCUGGCGUAAAACUUGUGCCAAAUCAACAUGCAGACCCACUGUGGUGACCCUGAGUGAAAACAAGGGAGCAUCCGAAGAGACUUACUUUUAUUUUCUGAAAGUGUGGAGCAGCAGCCACAAUGCACAAGUGUUACUUCUGUUCUAGACUAAAUAUCAUGCAGAAGAAUUUUGUGUGAAAUGAUCUGGUUUUGUGUCAAACACCAUUAAUGUACUGCAUCACCAUCACGCUGGAGAUGGGUCUGGUUGAGAUUUUAACCAAAUUAAU